CCCAAGAAACACGUGAGCUGUGUGCUACUUUGCUCGCCUUUCCACUCAUUCUCCGUUAUUAUUAUAAAUACAAAUUCUCAGGCGGCUCUAACACUUUCCGCCAUUUUCCUCUGCUGCAUUUCUCUUCUUCUCUUGAUUUUCCCGUUCCGAAUUCCCCUCUCACGGUGGUGCGCGUGGCGGAGCUCCGGCGAUGACGGCGACGGUGGAGGAAGAAGCGGUUGCGGUGAAGAAGAUAACGAUUGGAGUCUGCGUGAUGGAAAAGAAGGUGAAAUGUGGCUCCGAGGUUUCAUCGGCGCCUAUGGAGCAGAUUCUUCGCCGUUUACAAGCAUUUGGUGAAUUUGAGGUUAUACAUUUUGGUGAUAAGGUCAUCCUUGAAGAACCUAUAGAAAGAUGGCCAGUAUGUGAUUGUUUGGUUGCUUUCCAUUCCUCUGGAUAUCCCCUCAAAAAGGCUGAAGCAUAUGCUGCUUUGAGAAAACCUUUUUUAGUAAAUGAACUGGAGCCGCAACACCUUCUUCAUGAUCGAAGAAAAGUAUAUGAGCGUCUUGAAAUGUUUGGGAUCCCUGUUCCAAGAUAUGCCCUUGUAAAUAGGGAAGUACCAUACCAACAAUUGGAUUACUUCAUUGAGGAAGAAGAUUUUGUAGAGGUUCAUGGUAUGCGUUUCUGGAAGCCAUUUGUGGAGAAGCCUAUUCAUGGUGAUAACCACAGUAUAAUGAUAUACUAUCCCAGUUCAGCUGGUGGAGGCAUGAAGGAAUUAUUUAGGAAGGUUGGCAACAGGUCUAGUGACUUCCAUCCCGAUGUGAGAAGAGUGAGGCGUGAAGGCUCCUAUAUUUAUGAAGAGUUCAUGCCAACAGGAGGCACAGAUGUUAAGGUGUACACAGUAGGCCCUGAAUAUGCUCAUGCUGAGGCAAGGAAGUCCCCUGUUGUUGAUGGUGUUGUUAUGAGGAAUCCCGAUGGGAAGGAAGUCAGGUAUCCAGUGUUACUGACUCCUGCUGAGAAACAAAUGGCUAGAGAGGUUUGCAUUGCAUUCAGGCAAUCGGUAUGUGGAUUUGAUCUCCUGAGAUGUGAGGGGCGCUCCUAUGUUUGUGAUGUGAAUGGGUGGAGCUUUGUCAAAAAUUCUCACAAAUAUUAUGAUGAUGCUGCCUGUGUGCUGCGGAAAAUGUUUUUAGAUGCAAAAGCACCUCAUCUUUCUUCAGCAAUUCCACCAACUUUACCAUGGAAAGUAAAUGAACCAGUCCAACCAUCUGAGGGACUUACCCGUCAGGGUAGUGGUAUUAUUGGCACUUUUGGACAAGCUGAGGAACUACGAUGUGUGAUUGCUGUUAUUCGUCAUGGUGAUAGAACUCCUAAACAGAAGGUGAAGCUAAAAGUUACUGAGGAAAAGCUGCUGAACCUAAUGUUGAAAUACAAUGGAGGCCGACCUAGAGCUGAGACAAAGCUUAAAACUGCUGUUCAACUACAAGAUCUGUUAGAUGCUACACGCAUGCUGGUUCCUCGUACCAGACCAGGUCGAGAAAGUGAUAGUGAGGCUGAAGUUGAACAUGGUGAAAAGCUUCGUCAAGUCAAAGCUGUUCUUGAAGAGGGAGGACAUUUCUCCGGCAUAUAUAGAAAGGUUCAACUAAAGCCACUUAAAUGGACCAAAGUAACAAAAAACAAUGGUGAAGGUGAAGAAGAACGGCCGGUGGAAGCUUUGAUGGUUCUUAAAUAUGGUGGUGUGCUUACACAUGCUGGUAGAAAACAGGCUGAGGAACUAGGAAGAUAUUUCCGGAAUAAUAUGUAUCCAGGAGAAGGUACAGGCCUGCUUCGCCUCCAUAGUACAUACCGCCAUGAUCUUAAGAUUUACAGCUCUGAUGAGGGUCGUGUGCAGAUGUCUGCAGCUGCAUUUGCCAAAGGUCUUCUUGAUCUUGAAGGGCAGCUAACACCAAUCCUGGUUUCCCUUGUCAGCAAAGACUCCUCCAUGUUGGAUGGACUUGACAAUGCCAGCAUAGAAAUGGAAGAAGCCAAGGCUCGGCUGAAUGAAAUCAUUACCCGUAGUUCAAAGAUAGUUUCUAGCAAUGAAGCACCCGAAGUUCCUUGGAUGGUUGAUGGAGCUGGAUUGCCACCCAAUGCUUCAGAGUUGCUUCCCAAGUUGGUUAGUUUGAUUAAGAAGGUUACGGAACAAGUUAGACAACUUGCCAAGGAUGAAAAUGAGAAACUUACAGACACGUGCUUAGAUGAUGUAAUUCCUCCUUAUGACCAAGCAAAAGCACUUGGAAAGACAAAUAUUGAUGUUGAUCGUAUAGCAGCUGGAUUACCUUGUGGUAGUGAAGGGUUUCUAUUAAUGUAUGCUCGGUGGAAAAAGCUUGAAAGGGACUUGUAUAAUGAACGCAAGGAGCGCUUUGACAUCACCCAAAUUCCUGAUGUCUAUGAUUCAUGCAAAUAUGAUCUCUUGCACAAUGCACAUCUUAAUCUUGAAGGAUUGGAUGAACUUUUCAAAGUUGCUCAGGCACUUGCUGAUGGUGUGAUCCCAAAUGAAUACGGAAUUAAUCCAAAGCAGAAGCUGAAGAUUGGCUCAGAGAUUGCACGUAGAUUAUUGGGCAAAAUUUUAAUCGAUCUGAGGAACACUCGUGAGGAAGCCCUUAGUGUUGCUGAGUUAAAGAGUAGCCAAGACCAUGAGUCAUCAUCCACGAAAACUGAAAAGGAAGAUCCGAAGCUUCUAAAUAAGACUGAUGAAGGGAGAAAAUCCAGUAUGAGCGAUAUGUCAAUGGAUCAAGAUGAUGAUGAUGAUAAAGAGACCAAAUAUCGUUUGGAUCCAAAAUAUGCAAAUGUAAAGACACCCGAACGUCAUGUGCGAACACGUUUAUACUUCACAUCAGAAUCACAUAUCCAUUCUCUCAUGAAUGUUCUUCGAUAUUGUAAUUUGGAUGAUUCUCUUCAAGAAGAAGAGAGCCUUGUUUGCUAUAAUGCUCUGGAGCGCUUAAAUAGAACAAAGGAGCUUGACUAUAUGAGCUACAUUGUGCUUAGGUUGUUCGAAAACACCGAGGUGGCUUUAGAAGAUCCAAAAAAGUUCCGCAUAGAGCUGGCGUUUAGCCGUGGUGCUGAUUUAUCACCUUUAGAGGAAAAUGAUACUGAGGCUGCUUCACUGCGUCAGGAGCAUACGCUGCCAAUUAUGGGUCCUGAAAGGCUACAAGAAAUAGGAUCAUAUCUCACAUUGAAAAAGAUGGAGAAGAUGGUUCGUCCAUUUGCUAUGCCUGCAGAAGAUUUUCCCCCACCAUCAACACCUGCGGGAUUCUCUGGCUAUUUCUCAAAGAGUGUGCUCGAGCGUCUAGUAAAUCUGUGGCCUUUUCAUAAGCAUGGAAAUUCCAAUGGGAAAUAGCAAACUUUUUGAAUUCUGUUCCUCCCUCAGCUUUAUGUUCCACUGUACAUGCAAAAACUCAAACAACCAAGGCAAGCUUCAGGCUCCUUUGGAAAAAAAGAAAAGAAAAAAUUUGAAACUAACAUCUUCCAACCAAAGAAUGUUGAAAGCGAGUAGCCUUAGUAGUUAAA